AUGUGCAACUAUGAAAUAUAUGCAAUUGAAACGGAAAGGGGAUCGAUAAACGUGUAUUUUGAAAAACAAAGCAAAUUCUAUUGCUUAGUUCACACUGCAAACAAUAUCUUACAAGCUCAUGUAUAUUCACCUGACGAUUUUAAAGACGCCGAGAGCACGUUUGAUUCCGAUCCUAUAGGGGUAGGCGUGUUAAACGAUCAGGGCGAUGAUACUAACAAUGACAAGAAUGAAAAGAAUUGUAACAAAAAAAAUUACGAUUAUAACAAUGACAUCAAACAAUCAGUAGAUUUAAAUACAAAAGAAAUAUUAAGCUAUAAUAGUAUCCGCACAUAUAUUAAAAGAGGUGUACACUAUUUUGGAAAUUUUAACGUAAACAUUUUAUAUUUCUUCAUGAACAAGCACAAUAUUGAACUGACCUGGGUUGAUAAUAAGGAGAUAUCGCAAAAAAUAAAUAAGAAUAAAAGUAGCAGGUGCAACACAAUUUUUGAUGAUAACCAUUUAAACGACAAAAAAUUAAUCGCAUUUGUGAUAAAUGUUGUUCGGAUGAAUAUUUUUCAUCUAUACCACCAUAGGCAUUUUUAUACAAUAAGGAAAAUUUCAGGAAUGUGGUUCCAGCUGGAUUCUUCCCUUAGUAAACCCAUUUUAUUUCCUACUAAUGAAGAGAUAAACAAACAUUUAAUAAACAUAAUAAAGGAUAAUAAAUUCGAUAAAUCUGACAAUUAUAUCAUACAAGUUUUUAAAAAAGGAUAA